ACACUUGUGAGCAAGAAUUGUGAAGAGAAGGACGCAUCAAAUGGCAACUGCUGGGAGAAUUAUAAAAUGCAAGGCUGCAGUGUGUUGGGGACCCAACAAACCACUAAGCAUUGAGGAUAUUGAAGUUGCACCACCAAAAGAUCACCAAGUUCGCAUCAAGAUUAUAGCCACAGCAAUCUGCCGUUCGGAUGAACAUGUUUUACGUGGCUCAUUAAGUAAUGUCAAAUAUCCAAUUAUAUUAGGGCAUGAAAGUGCUGGGAUAGUGGAGAGUGUGGGGUCAAGUGUAACUGACAUUAAACCAGGAGAUAAAGUCAUACCGCUGUUUAUUCCUCAAUGUGGAAAAUGCAAAUGUUGUCUAAAUCCAGAGAGUAACUUCUGCAGCAAAGAUUUAACUAGUCAAAGUGAUGACACCAUAUUCACCUGCAAUGGUACCAGUGUUAGCAACUUCCUUAAUACUGGCACUUUCACAGAAUAUACUGUAGUGAAAGAUAUUUGUGUUGCUAAAAUACAUGAAGAUGCUCCAUUGGACAAAGUCUGUUUGAUUGGUUGUGGAUUUUCCACUGGAUAUGGCUCUGCUUUGAAUACUGCCAAGGUUAAACCCGGCUCUACCUGUGCAGUAUUUGGUCUGGGAGGAGUUGGCUUGUCUGUAAUUAUCGGAUGUAAAGUAGCUGGAGCUUCCAGAAUUAUUGGAAUUGAUGUUAACACUAAUAAAUUUGCAAAAGCCAAAGAGUGUGGAGCCACUGAAUGCAUCAACCCCAAAGAUUUUGACCGUCCUAUCCAUGAAGUGUUGGCAGAGAUGACUGAGGGCGGAGUUGAUUAUUCCUUUGAGGUUAUAGGAAACACUGAAGUCAUGGAAUCUGCCCUGAUUUCUUCUCACUUUGGCUACGGAACCACCAUAAUUGUUGGAGUAGCUUCUUCAAGUGCCAAGAUGUCCGUUGACCCAACCUUGCUUCUUACAGGUCGAACCAUGAAGGGAUCAGUUUUUGGAGGUUGGAAGUCUAAAGAUCACGUACCCAAACUUGUGUGUGAUUAUAUGAAUAAAAAGUUUAAUGUGGAUAUGCUUAUAACACACAAAUUACCAUUUGAGAAGAUCAAUGAAGGAUUCAAACUUUUGUGCGAUGGAGAGAGUGUCCGGACAGUGUUGACUUUAUAAGGACCACCACAAGACCUGUCGAAUUAUGAUGAAGUUCUCCCAUAAAGAAAAAUAUACUUUUCUGUUGUGCAUUUUAUGUGACAAUGAAAUACAGUUUCCCAUUGCCAAUUACUGUAUUGGCAUUACAAGAAGACCAUCUGACUCAUCAAGGGAAACACAUUAAAAUGCAGUAAUUAUUUUUAAUUAAGCAAUUCUAUAUUUUGCUGUCUAGAUUUCUCAAACAAUAAGUCUGUGUCAUGUUACACAUGCAUGGUUUGCCUUUUUAUUCUGUGUGUCCCUUCUCUCUUCCCUUCCUACUGUGCUCUUUGUACAGUCUCCACCUCUCUUUCCUUUGCAUUCUGGCUUCACUCUUCAUCUCAGCCACAUAUAUCCUGUUAGCUGCUCACACCCUGAUUUGACCUAUCCAUUUGUUCAUCGGUGUAUGAUCUGCACAGUUUGGAAUAAACUUCUUCACGAU